AACGAUCGAAUCUUGUCGGUGGGGGGCGCGCCUUGACAUGAAGGGAAGGGAGUGGGAGCCGCGCUUCAGGCUGAGUGCCCCCGUUUCUCAGUUGCCUCAGUUUCCCUGGGAAUGAAAAGUGAACGCCGCGGUCCGGGACCGAACAGAAAGGAAAACUGAGGCUGGGAGGUUGGCCCGGGUGGCUGCCUGGCGGAGGCGAUGCCGGCACAUAGUGGGCGGGGUUUAUCUCGGCCCGCCCCCUGGAUCCCGCCCCCGCUCCCGAUCAUUCAGCCCCAGAAGUCUGCCCCGCGCGCUGUUGCCGGUGCGGGCUGCUCACGGCUAUGGAUGCCCCCGGGGCCCCGGGCCCGAAUGCGGGCCCGGGCAAGAAGGAGCUGAAGAUCGUAAUCGUGGGUGACGGCGGCUGCGGCAAGACAUCACUGCUUAUGGUGUACAGCCAGGGCUCCUUCCCUGAGGACUACGCCCCAUCCGUGUUCGAGAAGUACACGGCCAGCGUGACUGUAGGCAGCAAGGAGGUGACCCUGAACCUAUACGAUACCGCCGGGCAGGAAGAUUAUGACCGGCUUCGGCCCCUGUCCUAUCAGAAUACCCACCUCGUGCUCAUCUGCUAUGAUGUCAUGAACCCCACCAGCUAUGACAAUGUCCUCAUCAAGUGGUUCCCUGAGGUGACACAUUUCUGCCGUGGGACCCCCAUGGUGCUCAUUGGCUGCAAGACAGACCUGCGGAAAGACAAGGAGCAGCUUCGGAAGCUCCGGGCGGCCCAGCUGGAGCCCAUCACCUAUAUGCAGGGCCAGAGCGCCUGCGAACAGAUCCGAGCCGCCCUCUACCUGGAAUGUUCUGCCAAGUUUCGGGAGAAUGUGGAAGAUGUCUUCCGAGCUGCGGCCAAGGUUGCCCUCAAUGCGCUGAAGAAAGCACAACGGCAGAAACGCCCGUUGUGCCUGCUGCUCUGACCACUCUGGACAGGGCACACAGGCCCUCAUGGCAAGACUGACAGGGCCUAGGCUGCUAGGCCCGGACUGUACCCCAAGAUCCUGCUCUGUCCCCAGCUUUCCAAUGGCACUUUGAGUUAGGGGUCUCCGUGUGUCUGGAGCUGUGGCUAGACUUUUAGAACAUUCUGGAGAUCUCUCCUUUCCUAGCUGGGGCUCUGGCCAUGAACUCACCUCAGGCCAGGGUUCCCACGCCUGCAAGGAGGUGGGGGAGGGUCCCAGACUCAGUCCCUCUGUACCCUAGAACCAGCAUUUAUCCCUAGGAUGCGGGAGUACACAGCCUCCUCCCAGCCAUUGUGUCCCCCUUUGCACACCCAAUAGGUCCUGAAAACCUAUGCUUGAAACAAACAGCCGCAUCUGGUACGUGGAUAAAUGUGGUUUUGUCAGCGCUCCACACGGCCCCCCACCAAGCCCGCCGCUCCUGCGUCACCCGCCUCCCUGGGCUCCUGAGAUAGGCACGGCUGCAUCCUCCAGCUUCUGGCUUCCUUCCUCCAGGAAUGUGGGGGCCACAGUGGGAUGGGGACUUAUCGGGACAGCACACGCACCAGCCCCGGACAUGGGGGCUGGCACCGGCCCCUACCCCUCACAGCCCCCCCCCCAAGACUUCAGUCUCAACCUUCGGCUAGGCUGCCAUCUUCCCAGAGCUGGGUGCACAUGCCCAAGGGGAGAAGAGACUUUCUCAAGAAGCAAAAGGUACCCUGGCCCACCCACCCAAGCCCUGCUCCAGGGUGCGUCACCUGCAACCCCCCCACUGCCGGAAACUCAAGACGAAGAGUGACAUCAGCUGUGAGUGAUCGUGGGCAAGUCACUUCUCUCUGCAGACUGUUUCCCUAUCUGCAAAAGGACAGCACUGACUCAUUUUAGUAGUCAUCGCGCUCCCUCCUAUCCCUCACAGCCUCCACUGUUGCCAAGCUCAGACUAUCCUGGCCUCCUGCGAGAACACACAACCCCCGGCUACAGAUUCACUGAACUUUCUGGAAGGUCUGGAGCCAGGAGUUUUUAAACAAGUGCUCCAGGUGAUUCUAAUGCCCUGGAGAAGGAGAGCUGCUUACUUCCUGGGUGAGCUACAAGUCCGUGUUACUGAACCAGGGAUGAUGGCUUGAGGGGGCUCCUGCCCUCCCAGGGAUCUCCUGCCUCAGCCCCCACUAAGCCUGAGCCUCUGAAGUCAGCUGCUGGAGAGAGAGAGAGAGACUCCUGUAUCCCAUCCCAUCCCACCGCACCCCACACUGGUUCCCCAAGGCCUCAUGGACAAGUGAUUGUAUAGGGUGGCAGUUAGCAAACCAUACUCCGUGGACCAAAUCUGGCAGUUGUGUGUUUUUUGUAAAUAAAGUUUUGUUGGGAUUCA